GACACUAUAAAAAAAGCAAACCCGCAGAGGGAUCGAACGCGUCAUCAAAAUCCAAAUUCCAUGGCUUGGCGCCUCUUACACUGCAAAAAUACCCAACCCAAAACCCUAAUCUCACCUUUCUUCCAAAACCCUAACCCUAGCCCCUUCACUCUCCUCUUCACUUCUCAAUUCUCAACUUCAUUCCUCGUCACCAAAACCCCUAAAAAAUACAAAAAGAAACGCAAAAAAUCCGAAUCCCCUCGCACGAAACCCGUCCAGCACGCCUCAAACCGAAACCCCUAUUUCGAAUCGCUCGUCGAGCGCGACUCGUACUUCAGAUUCCUCACUAAAUCCAAGCAAUUUCUCUCCCACCAACCCGAGCAUGUUCUCCGCCUUGAAGAUGCCGGAAAACUGUAUCGGGAGCUUGGCUUCUCACGCGGCCGCAAAGUUACCCGCUUUAUUCAACGCCACCCGCUCAUCUUCCAAACUUAUCGGCACACCGACAAUAAAAUGUGGCUAGGAUUCACGGGAUUCAUGGAGGAUUUGCUCGAGGAAGAAAAAUCAAUCGUGGAUUCCAUGGAGGGCGAUCGUGUUAAUAAGGUUCGGAAGUUGUUGAUGAUGUCGAAGAAUAAUCGGAUUCCCUUGAGUAAGAUUCAUCAUUGCCGAUUAUUGUUUGGGAUUCCUGAUGAUUUUAGAGAUAGAGUGAUAAAAUAUCCUGAUUAUUUUAGAAUUGUGGUUGAGGAUGAUGGGAAGAGAGUGUUGGAAUUAGUGAAUUGGGAGCCAAAAUUGGCAAUCAGUGAAUUAGAGAAAGAUUUUAUGGUCAAUGAGGAUAAGGUUAAAAAGACAUUUAAAUUUCCAGUGAAGCACGCAAAGGAUUUGGAUUUGGACGAAGAGGAUUCAAGGAAGUUGAAUUUGUUGAAUACUUUGCCACUGGUUUCGCCUUAUAGUGAUGGAGAGAGAUUGGAGCUUUGGAGUUUGGAGGCUGAGAAAUAUAGGCUAGGGGUUUUGCACGAGUUUCUUAGCUUGACUCUGGAGAAAAGAGCUUCAAUACAUCACAUUGUAGAGUUUAAGGAGGAGUUUUGCUUGACUAGACAUACAUAUGAUAUGCUUAAGAGGCAACUCCGGACUUUUUAUCUUGCAGGAACGGAGAUGAACUGGGUUGUGUUUUUGAAAGACGCUUAUGAUGAGAGUGGGAAUUUGGUAAAUAAAGAUCCACAGGUUGUUUUCAAUGAGAAGCUGUUUAAAUACGCUCAAAUGAAGGACAGGGAAUUGGAUUGUGGUUUAGGAGGGAAAUGAUAUGGAGAUUGUUGUUCUUUGAUGACUCGUAUUGUAAUAUGCAACAAGCUUCUUUGUGUUAGGCUUUUACAAACUUAGAAUUUGCUCCAGGUGCAUAAAAUUUUGUGGUGUUUUGCAGAAGCAGCUUGCCGUCCUGGUCCCAAUGCCAUUCUGCUGAUGUAUUUAAUUACAUAAAGUACCUGUGGGAGUUGCUGAAGAGGUGCUGAUGUGCAACUGAAAAUAAAUAACAUGUAUUUAGAUCCAUCUCCUUGCUGUCCAUUCAAUAUUUAAUAGAAGUUUAUUUUGGCUAAAGAAGCUUUAUUAGAUUGGCGGCCAACUUUGUUGACGCAUCAAACUACAAUUAACUGCACUAUAUCAAACCUCUUUAGCUUUAGAGAGAGAAGCUCUUUCGUCUGUUUCUGUUCUUCCAUCUAGAGGUCUUGUUGUCUCUCUUUCUGCCGACCAUGGAUGGGGCAGGGGAAGGUCCUGUCUCGUCGCCUUGAGUUGUGGGUUUACUCCCUCUCCUUAUCUAGGUUGGGGUGUGUAUAAGUUGUUUUGGUUUACAAGUCUUGAAGUUUAUGGAGAGAGAUGCCAUAAAAGACCUGAGUUUGGUGUUGCCUGGUCUCUGUUUUGGUGAUCGUGUUGGUUGUUUGGCUAUUGGCAACAUUGCAACUUACCUGGGCGUCGUAUGUAUGGGGUCAAAAGAUGAACUAGCUGCUUGCUGAGCCUCAAGUCUAAAAGACACUAGCUAUGUGCUCUGUUAUGCAACACACUUCAACUCUUUUUCCGGUGAUGGUUAUCUCUUCUGUUCAACCAUAGAGGAGCUGAGUGACAUGUUUUGAUAUUCAGGGUCGCUGUUCCUCACCUAGAUAACAUACUGUGGAGACCCUUUUGUUUGUUGCUUCUCCGGUUUAGUCGCCAAUGUUCUUGGCUUGAUUUUGGGGGCUUGGCCUGUUGUAAUCCUUAUGAACCAGGGUUUUUUGAGGAACUAUGUAUCUGACUUUUUAUGAGCCUUGGGCCAUGUUUUUCAUUUACAUCAAUGUUAACGAAGUUAUCUUUUGACCCAAAAUAAAAGGCCCGCAUUGUUUUCGUUUCUAA